CUUGGAGAACAUGUCAGUACGUCACAGAUCUAACCCUUCAAAUUUACUUUUUCACCAACCAAUACACUCUCCUCUGCAUCUAUAAAUACCAAACCGUCUGGUCCACUUGCUCCCAUCUCUCUCGUCUGCCUACUUCCUCAAAAACUUUCUCGAUCUUUCCGUCAAAAACCAUGUCUGCCUUCACCAGCAAAUUCGCCGAUGAGUUGAUCGCUAACGCUGCAUACAUCGGCACACCUGGAAAAGGUAUUCUCGCCGCCGAUGAGUCCACCGGUACCAUCGGAAAGCGUCUCGCCAGCAUCAACGUCGAGAACGUUGAGACUAACAGACGUGCUCUCCGUGAGCUUCUCUUCACCGCCCCCGGUGCUCUCCCUUGCCUCAGCGGUGUCAUCCUCUUCGAAGAGACUCUUUACCAAAAGAGCUCCGAUGGCAAGCUUUUCGUUGAUAUCUUGAAGGAAGGAGGAGUCCUCCCAGGUAUCAAAGUCGACAAGGGUACCGUUGAGCUAGCCGGAACCAACGGCGAGACCACCACCCAAGGUCUCGACGGUCUCGGUGAGCGUUGCAAGAAGUACUACGAAGCUGGUGCACGUUUCGCCAAAUGGCGUGCGGUUCUCAAGAUCGGCGAGAACGAGCCAUCAGAGCAUUCUAUCCACGAGAACGCUUACGGGUUGGCUAGAUACGCUGUCAUCUGCCAGGAGAACGGUCUUGUACCGAUCGUUGAGCCUGAGAUCCUUGUCGACGGAUCCCACGACAUCCACAAGUGUGCUGCCGUCACCGAGCGUGUCCUUGCGGCUUGCUACAAGGCUCUUAGCGACCACCACGUUUUGCUAGAGGGAACUUUGUUGAAGCCUAACAUGGUGACGCCUGGAUCCGACAGUGCCAAGGUUGCACCUGAGGUUAUCGCUGAGCACACCGUCCGUGCUCUUCAGAGAACGGUACCAGCAGCUGUUCCAGCUAUUGUUUUCUUGUCCGGUGGACAGAGCGAGGAGGAGGCGACUAAGAACUUGAACGCGAUGAACCAGUUGAAGACCAAGAAGCCAUGGUCGUUGUCUUUCUCGUUCGGACGUGCGUUGCAACAGAGCACUUUGAAGACAUGGGCGGGGAAAGAGGAGAAUGUUAAGGCUGCUCAAGAGGCGUUGUAUGUGAGGUGCAAGGCUAACUCUGAAGCCACACUUGGAACGUACAAAGGUGAUGCUAAGCUUGGUGAUGGAGCUGCAGAGAGCCUUCACGUGAAGGACUACAAGUACUGAGAAUCGUCUGUCAAUGGUUUCUGUUGUCACGUCCUCAUCAACACCCUCGAUAUUUUUCUAUGGGUUUAUUCUACUCUUUGCUUGACAUUAUCGGCUUUUCGAUUUUUGUUUUUCAAUUUCUUUUCGGUUUGUGUUUUGAUUUAAGAAUCAUGAGUGUUUAAAAACGCCCAAAUAAAAUGCCAGCUGAGGUUUUUUCUGUUAA